AUGACCGAAAAACCAGCUGAGACAAGACUUUGGGGCGGCCGUUUCACAGGCGCGACCGACCCGCUCAUGGACCUUUACAAUGCGUCGCUGCCGUACGACCAGAAGAUGUAUGCGGCCGACCUCGAGGGGACCAGAGUGUACACCCAGGGACUGCACAAAUUAGGUCUUUUGACGUCCGAGGAGCUGUCUGAAAUCCACCGGGGACUGAGCCAGAUCCACCAGGAGUGGGCGGACGGCAAGUUUGUUAAGAAGCCCGGCGACGAGGACAUUCACACGGCCAACGAGCGCCGGCUCGGCGAGAUCAUUGGCCGGAACAUUGCCGGCAAGGUGCACACAGGCCGGUCCAGGAACGACCAGGUGGCCACCGACAUGCGUAUCUACGUCAGAGAAGAGCUGAAGAAGCUGGCUGUGCUGCUCAAGUCGCUGAUAGAGGUCAUGGUGGCGCGUGCCGAGAAGGAGAUCGACGUGCUGAUGCCGGGCUACACCCAUCUGCAGAAAGCGCAGCCAAUCAGAUGGGCGCACUGGGUCAGCAUGUAUGCGACCUACUUCACCGAGGACUACAAGCGGUUGCAGCAGCUGAUCGAGAGAGUGAACGUUUCGCCGCUCGGCUCGGGCGCUCUGGCUGGCCAUCCGUACGGCAUCGACAGAGAGUUUCUGGCCGCGGGACUGGGAUUUUCGGGCGUCAUUGGCAACUCGCUCGUGGCCGUCAGCGACAGGGACUUUGUUGUGGAGACGAUGUUCUGGUCGUCGCUGUUCAUGAACCACAUUUCCAGGUUCAGCGAGGACCUGAUUAUUUAUUCCAGCGGAGAGUUUGGUUUUGUUAAGCUUGCGGACGCGUACUCCACGGGCUCGUCCCUGAUGCCGCAGAAAAAGAACCCGGACUCGCUGGAGCUGCUGCGCGGAAAGUCUGGCCGUGUUUUUGGCUCGCUGGCCGGCUUUAUGAUGUCGAUCAAGUCGAUUCCGUCCACCUACAACAAAGACAUGCAGGAGGACAAGGAGCCGCUGUUUGACAGUCUGCGCACCGUGGAGCACUCGGUUCUGAUUGCGACGGGCGUGGUGUCGACGCUCAGCAUCGACGCAGCCAAGAUGAAGGCUGCUCUGUCGAUGGACAUGCUGGCUACCGACCUGGCAGACUAUCUCGUCAGAAAGGGCGUUCCGUUCAGAGAAACACACCACAUUUCGGGCGAGUGUGUGCGCAAGGCCGAGGAGGAGCAGCUGAGCGGCAUCGACAAGCUGACCUUGGCGCAGUUCCAGCAGAUCGACCCACGGUUCGAGGAAAACGUCUUCGAGACGUUCGACUUCGAGGCCAGCGUCGAGAGAAGAACGGCCACCGGCGGCACUGCCAAGAGCGCCGUGCUCAAGCAGCUGGCUCAGCUCAAACAGACACUCAACAACUAA